CGGCCCGGCGGCGAGCGGGCGGGAAAAGCCGGCCCGCGGGCGGGGCCUGGGCCUCGACCCGCCGUGCCGCCCCGCACUGCCGCUACACACCGGAGCUGGAGAUUCUGGAAAAUAACAACACCAAUGAGUGACUUGAUCAUUGCUGUCAGCUCCAGAUGACCUGCCCUGUUUUUCAGAAGGAUGUCGUCUGUUACUGAAAAUGGAGAUGUUACUGCUGGAAAGCCAAAUGAAGAGAAAACGUAUAAAAAGACUACGUCCUCGGCUAUUAAAGGUGCUAUCCAGCUGGGAAUAGGAUACACUGUAGGAAACCUUACUUCAAAACCAGACAGAGAUGUUCUUAUGCAAGACUUCUACGUAGUGGAAAGUGUCUUCUUACCCAGUGAAGGGAGCAAUCUCACUCCUGCUCAUCAUUACCCCGACUUCAGAUUUAAGACGUAUGCACCUCUUGCCUUCCGAUAUUUCAGAGAGCUUUUCGGUAUCAAGCCUGAUGAUUACUUGUAUUCAAUCUGCAGUGAGCCUUUAAUUGAAUUGUCCAAUCCAGGUGCCAGUGGGUCCUUAUUUUUUGUAACUAGUGAUGACGAGUUCAUCAUCAAAACAGUUCAACACAAAGAGGCUGAGUUUCUUCAGAAGCUCUUGCCAGGUUAUUAUAUGAAUCUGAACCAGAAUCCAAGAACGCUUCUACCCAAAUUUUAUGGGCUAUACUGUGUUCAGUCAGGAGGCAUCAAUAUUAGAAUUGUUGUAAUGAACAAUGUUUUGCCACGAGCCUUGAAGAUGCAUUUCACGUAUGACUUGAAAGGCUCCACAUAUAAACGGAGAGCAUCAAGAAAAGAGAGGGAGAAGUCCAACCCAACAUUCAAAGACUUGGAUUUCUUGCAAGACAUGCAUGAAGGGUUGUAUUUUGACUCUGAAACUCACAGCGCACUAAUGAAAACAUUACAGCGGGAUUGUCGAGUUCUAGAAAGCUUUAAGAUCAUGGAUUACAGUCUGUUACUGGGAAUACACAUACUGAACAGUAACAUGAGAGAAAAAGAGGGUGAGUGCUCCCAGAACGCAUCUGAUGGGAAACGUCCUGGAGGGCAGAAAGUUCUCUAUUCCACAGCCAUGGAGUCUAUACAGGGGCCUGGGAAGUCAGGGGACUCUGUUGUAACAGAGACAACGAACACAAUGGGAGGUAUUCCAGCUAAAAGCCAUAAAGGAGAAAAGCUGCUUCUAUUCAUGGGGAUUAUUGAUAUUCUGCAGUCUUACAGGUUAAUGAAGAAGCUGGAACAUUCAUGGAAAGCUCUUGUUUAUGAUGGGGAUACAGUUUCAGUUCACAGACCAAGUUUUUAUGCUGAUAGAUUUUUAAAAUUUAUGAAUACAAGAGUUUUCAAGAAAGUUCAAGCUUUAAGGUCUUCACCUUCCAAGAAACGAUGCAAUUCCAUCACAGCCCUUAAGGCAACAUCACAAGAAAUAGUGUGUGCCGUCAGCCAGGAGUGGAAGGAUGAAACGCAAAGCAUUAUUACUGAAGGACAAAGCUACUCCAGCCUUGAUGAGGAAGUACUAGGUUCACACCGCCGGCCGGAUUUAGUACCAAGCACUCCAUCUCUGUUUGAAGCAGCUUCUCUGGCAACCACAAUUUCUUCUUCUUCCUUGAAUGUGGAUGAACGUUAUCAACGUGAUCAGCCUAUGCUCUAUUCUAGCAGGGAAAGGAAACUGCUUUGAAGAUGAUCUUUAUUCUGAAUGUUCAGUGCUGAAUGGUGUGCUUUAAGUUCUUUAGAAGUAUUUGCUGAAUUUUCUUGAACAUUGAACCAGGGAGUGUGACAAGAGCCUAUCCAAUUUUAGUUCAGGACAGAUAAAAAUGGGAAUGUUUUGAUGAAACUUGUGACCUAGCUUGGAUACCUUGUAGCAUGUCUGCCCAAUUCCAUUGCUGUGUCAGUAAGGCUUUCUGGGAAGUUUUGUGUACCUGAUCUCUACCAAGAUAUGCCAGAAGAAAAAUUUUAUAUUGUACAGUCUUACCUGCGUGGAGAUCUGAUUACCAUAGGCGAUGUCACAAACUAGCAAUUUUAUCUAUUUUGUCAGUAUGGGUAGCUGAUGUGAAAUCAAGCAUCUUGAAUUUCUCUGUGCUAACUUGAAAUCCUGCAUUAUAUAGUAUUUAUGUAAAUUUAGUAAGCAAAUUCGUGUGAUAUAGUUCUUUACUUUGUGUUGUCCAAAAAAAUCAAGGCGUUUUACAAGUCGUUUUGAAGCAGUAGAAAUUUACUUUCUUAUUAAAAUGUCAUGAGUUGCUUUCAUAUAAAACAUAAAAUGGCUUGCAGAGUUCCUUGAUCAAAGUGUUACUUAAGGUUUUAUUUUCAUUAAAUUGAAGGAAAGCACACUGUGGCAUCUUGCAUAAAUCUGUUUUGAAAAGUAAAAUAAAAUCUGAAUUAGAUAUGGUUUGGUGAUGUCAUAGUUUUGUAACUAAAAACCCAAGUUGUCACACAUGUCAAAUAACAUUACUAAUGAAUACACAUUAGCAGAAAUGGAGCUCUUUCAAUUUAACUUCUGUAAGCCUUGUCCAAUUUGUGGCAGCUGUAGGACUUCAAAAUUCCAUAGUCUUGAAACAAGUCUUAGCUUUGCUAAAAAUAAGGUUGUUAGAGUAUUUAGUUUUUCUAAUUUUCUGUAAGCAUUAUAUUUUGUAUGUAUUUUAUUAUCGUGAAGAACAGUGGAGUUGACUCAUUAAAGAGU